UCAUGGAAAUUCAAGAAACCAUCGCCGUCACCGAGAUCGAAGUCGACGAACCGUCAAUACCCGCCGAAGAUGAUGCCCUUGACGAGGAAGAGACGCAGGAGACCGCCCCCGCUGACGAUGGCGAGGAGCCCAUCGAGGAGAGCGCGCCUUUGGAGGGAAGCGCUCCCACCGAAGAAGUUGCUGACCCCAAGGGGAAGAAGAAGCGGAAAGCGCCAGCACCGGAGGCUGAGCGCGAGCCGGGGAAGACGUUGCUGCCCUUCACGCGCGUGCAGAAGAUCAUCAAGGCGGAUAAGGAGAUACAAAUGAUUGCGCGCGACGCUACUUUCUUGAUAUCCCUCGCAGCAGAAGAGUUCAUACGCCGCUUCGUCCAGGCAGGGCAGCGCGUCGCAGAGCGCGAGAAGCGCGCCACGGUGCAACAUAGGGAUCUCGCCACCGUCGUUCGGAAAGCGGACGAGUUCAUCUUCCUGGAAGAAAUCAUCCCCUGGACCUCCCCCGAUCCCGCCCCCAAGCGCGGCAAGAAGAAAAAGGAGGACGAAGAGGCCAAGAAGAACGCCGCCGCCGCGCCUCCGACCAUCCUCGACACCUUUGUAGGCGCAAGAUCAGCGAAGGAGACGGCUGGACGGGAGGAUAACGGUACUGGUAGUGCUUCUAGCGCAGUCGAAACGCAAGGCGCGUCUAUCACAGGAACCCCUGCGCCAGCAAGUGCCAUGGGCGACAUCGUCAUGACGGAGGACGGGACGGUGGAUCAGCACGACAGCGAUUAAGCGUACUCCAGCCUAUCCCUGUCCCGCCCCGUGGCCCUUUCCAGCACGCGCGCGAGCACGACAAAUCGGCUCACCGUUGUCCACGCCCACCGCCUA